AUGCACUGGUUUAAGCAGGGGGUUGUUGCUUGCAGGAAAUGCUUGACGACAAGGGCCAUCCACCUACAUAGGGGUCUAUUUCUGCCCUGCCUCUUUCAAGUCUUAGUAGCAACGUGGUGUUGGUUACUUGCAUGACAUGCUUUUGAAAUACUUAGUUCGGCUUUUGACAUUUUGUGUUGCGCUCGUGUCUUCAAAUGGAAUAAAAUGCGCAGGAAAAUGUAAGCUCUCCACUGUGAACAUCACUCUGGGAUCAGAGGUGUUUCUGCCAUGCAUACUUGGGAAGAGUAAUCAAACAGAUGAAGUGAACUGGAGCCACAAUUCCAGCCUCCUGAGCAUCAGCUUGAAAGGAAACAUCACAUUUGAGGAUCCCAGAGAUGGCAGAGUGGCGGUGUUUCCCAGCCUUUUCAGUAAAGGAAACUUCUCUAUCUCAAUCCAAAUGGUCCAGAACUCUGACCUGGGCAAGUACUGCUGCCAGCUGGGGAAGGAGUGCCAUAGAGUGGAGCUGGAUCAAGUCCAGUUCAGGGAGAAAGAAGCAGAUUGGAAAAUUCCAUGGUAUUAUAUUGUUGCUGGAAUUGGAGGCCUCAUUCUGCUGGUGAUCGCAUGUAGCCUUAUUUAUGAAUUCAGAGGACUGUAUGUAAAGAAAUCGACUGAAUCUUAUGACGUUAACUCCUCACAAAAUGAGGCUAAUCCUUCUGGAAACAGACGCAAUGAGAGAGCAAGACGAAAUGAGAACGGCGCGACAGAAGAGGAUGAUGGCCACUAUGAAGACAUGCACGGAGACGAGCACGACAAAGAUUAUGAAACCAUGCAGGAGCACAUCGGCCAACACGAAGAUUCAGACAGAGAUGAAGAGGAGGACUAUGUAAACACUGAGAGGGGACAGGGGGAAGGCCAGUACAUCAAUUCUGAGAGGUCAGAUCCUCGCGGACACCGUGCACAGAGAGGCCACCAGCAGCGGUCACCAACUGUUGUCUAUGAAAACGACAAUCACGACCCCAGCGGACUUCAGAUAAGAUCACAACCUCAAAACAGGGACUUAAGUGAAACACAAAGUCAGCCACACUCGAGAGCACCGUACUAUGUGAACCAGACAGAAUUCAGCAAUCCUGGAGGCGCUGCCAAAAGAAAACAACCCCGUAAGAAAAAGAAACCUCCUCCCACAGAAUAUCAGUUCAGAAACCCAAUAUAUGGAGACAGCAGUGUGGCACCUAAUAAAUAGACCCUCAUGUUGAAUUCACUAAACACUGAAGCUGGUUGUUUAUGUCAUGGAGUUAAGAUACCUGUUACACCAGUGCAUACAUAACUGUAAUAAAAUAAAAUAAAA